GCGGAGUCCGCUCUUCGAUCGCGCGGCGGCCGCCACGAACUCCGCUCUUGGACCGCGUGACGGCCGCGCGAAAACUUUCUCCUCAUGUGUCUGGGCGCUUGUUGUUCCAAAACAGUAUAAAAUGUACUUCUGUCAGAUUUUAUAAGCUACAAUUUGAGUUUUGAAAGUUUUAUAAAUCAAAAAUAACUAAUUACUACAUUUUAUUAUAAAUCGAUUAUAGACUACAGGGCUACUUAAGAUGCCGAACCAAGUUGAACAGAAGGUCAUCGACCCUGAGGCAGAACUUAGCAAUGUUCAACGUACUUUUCAAAAGCUGGCGCCUAUGUGCAGUGUUGAGAAACGCGCACAAGGCAUUCCACAGCUCGCCCCGCAAGAAAAACAGCUGAGUAUCCUAGCGCAUGAACUCAAGGAGACUCUUCUCUGUAUCAAUCUCGCGAAGAAAGGACAGCAUGCUAUCCGCGAUGCUCAAAUUCGUAGCGGCAUGCACAAAUCAAUCGUGGAAUACGAACAACUGGAAGCAAUGUUGCGCGAUGAAAACGCUCAACAGGAUGAAGUGGAUUGCCUCAAUUAUUUGGCUGGAAAGCAAAUUAUCGAGCUCUUCAAGGCUGUGCCGACCGAGACAGAUGAACUUGCUAUGAUUGAAGACGCCAAUAAUCGUCUCAGGCGCAUGGAGAAUCGACUCGAUAUAGCCACAAAGAGGUUCUGCGUCGUUAAUGCUGAUAACAAGGGAGUCCGGGAAGAGAUCCAUCGACUGCUCGUUGAAAGAGGCACGACGACAGAAUGGGCUCAAGAAUUACCCACAGUACUACUGGGCCUACGUACUGCACUACGAGCCGACAACAAUCUCAGCCCAGCCCUAGUGACGUACGGUGCUACACUACGUUUGCCGGCCGACUUCUUCGUGCCAUCAAAAGGGAACAACGACGAUUGUGAAUUCGUACGACAAUUAAUUAGCAAAAUGGCAUCGUUAAUACCUACACAGAGCCGAAGCACCACACCUAGCAAGCUGCUCAUGCAAAAGAACCUCGGUACGUGUACUUAUGUAUUCCUGUGCAACGACUCGGUCCGCCCUCCACUGUCUCCACCAUACGACGGGCCGCUUAAAUCGGCUCACAUCGACAGCGCCAACAGAGCCGCGUACACCACUCAGGCGUCUAACGUGAUAACGACACAAUUUAGCCACGCCCCUCCUACGAGCACAGCCGCCGCACCACCCGCUAGCGAUCUGCUGCUGCCGCAACAAUUCACUCCAGUGACGGGCGAUCAACCUAUUCGCAUAUCAAGAUGCGGCAGAACAAAAAAACCCAGAGCAUACGCCAGUACCGAUCGCGUUGCAACUGUAAUAAAGAAUUUCAAAAGAAUGGAGAUCGAGAACUUCUCAACUUUCGUGUUGCUCUGCGAAGUCCUGGAGGAGUCCAUAAUAAUAAGAAGAGACCUUGAGAGAAUAAAGCAAAUCAUCAUGGACCAACGUGACAUCAACGAAGCUCGCGAAGAGAAACAAGAAAAACGCAUAGCCGAAAUGUCCGCCGAAUGGGAAAUUAAACACGGGCGAACUAUGGAAAUAGCGAAUCGCAAUGAAGCUGCUGACAACACUCUUGCGAAGGUCUUAAAAGGCGUUGCCGAUUUAGUUAGCUUAGCGCAAUGCGAUUGGUCCCCUCUUUUAUCUCUUCUGGGCAACCACAAGGAUUUGACGAAGUGGAACGUCACCAAAUUCCUCAAGAUCCUUGAAACCGAGGUGAAGAGUCAGAUCGAGGUUGCGUACGGUGCUGUUAAGCCUCCUCCACCAACGCCGCAAGCAAAAGGCAUCAAGAAAGGUGCACCAGGCCCUGCAACCACAAAAUUGGUUGACGAUCCCUUCGUAGAGCCUCUGCGACCGAACAGAAUUGAAAAACUCGUGCCUUACCAACCAUGCGCUUAUUGCGUAGAGGACUACAUAAUGAACUUGGUGUUCGAGACACCAGCCGUCCCGGCUGACGCCGAGUACGUCCAGGGAAUAUUUCACUUGGAGGACGAGAACACCAAAUUCGGGAUUUAUACACUUACUAUUCCUGCAAAACGACACCCAUACCGUGGUUCGAAGAAAGAUUAAAACUAUUGUUGAUUCAUUUGUUACACUAUGCAAUUACCAAAAACACUGCAAUAAAGUAACAUACCUGCCAA